CGGCUAACCGCUAACCUCCGUCCCCUCUUUCUCUCUCUACUCAAACAAAAUCUCUGGUUUCUGCCAUUCUCCGGCGAUUACUCCAAUGGCGAGAGCUCCGGACGACGAGACUGCCAACGUGAACGUGAAUUCCGGCGGAGAAGGUAACGAUGGAGUCGAUACGACGCCUUUGCUGGGCGACCAGAUCUUUCGAAGCCGGAGAUUUAUGCGCCGUCCGCCCAGCCUACGAGGGGCGGCUCGCUUCCUGAGGCGCGCCAGCAGCAGGAGGAUGAUGCGCGAGCCGUCUAUGCGGGUGCGCGAGGCGGCGGCCGAGCAAAUCGAGGAGAGGCAGAGCGAUUGGGCCUACUCCAAACCUAUUGUGCUUCUCGAUCUCUUCUGGAAUUUAGCUUUCGUCGUCGUCUCGGUAUCCGUGCUAGUGAUGAGCCGUGACGAGUCCCCUAUGAUGCCGCUCAGGCUCUGGAUUGUCGGGUAUGAUUUCCAGUGUGUGCUCCACAUAGUUUGUGUUUGCCUGGAGUAUAGACGGCGUAACCAGCUCCCAAGUUCGCCUGAAAACCUGAAUUCCCGCCGUAGCGCCAGCGGGAAUUGGAGCGGUGGGAAUUCGAGCUCCGGAAGUGAUGGAGAGUCUGGUGAUUAUGGGUCGGACACGCGUCAGAAUGAGGAUGAGGAUGAAACUAGUACUGCAAAGCAUCUGGAGUCUGCAAAUACAAUGUUCUCAUUCAUUUGGUGGAUAAUUGGAUUCUAUUGGGUAUCUGCUGGUGGUGAAAGGUUGCCUCAAGAUUCCCCUCAGCUUUACUGGCUCUGCAUAACAUUUUUGGCAUUUGAUGUAUUUUUUGUUGUUAUCUGCGUUGCUGUGGCAUGUGUCAUUGGAAUUGCUGUUUGCUGUUGUCUUCCAUGUAUAAUUGCAAUCUUAUAUGCAGUAGCAGAUCAGGAAGGAGCAACAAAGGAAGACAUUGAACGACUGCCAAAGUACAAAUUCAAAAAACUUGGUGAUUUUGAGAAACAAAAUGGUGAGAUUCAAGAAUCCUUUGGAGGAGUAAUGACUGAAUGUGAUACUGAUUCUCCUAUUGAACAUGUUCUCCCUCCGGAAGAUGCUGAAUGUUGCAUUUGCCUAUGUGCGUAUGAUGAUGGCGUGGAAUUGCGUGAGCUCCCAUGUCGUCACCAUUUCCACUGUGCCUGCAUUGACAAGUGGCUAUACAUAAAUGCCACGUGUCCUCUUUGCAAGUUCAAUAUACUCAAAAAUGACAACCAAAGCAAUAGUGAAGAUGUGUAAGCAAGCAAUUCUUUAUGGAUCAAGUGAUUGGAUAGAUGUAUAGGUACUGGGCAUACUGGUGGGAUCUAAGUUUCUCGCUCAAUCUCCCACUUCACUGUGGCAUGAUUGCACUACUCGUGUGAGGUUUUUUCACGAGUAGUACAUGAUAUGCACAUCGAAUGUUUAGUGUUCCAAUGCCAAAUUGUAGAGUUGUUGCUAAUAGAGUUCAAACUUGCUGAGUGUGUAUGGUGUUAGCUGUAACGAGUGCUACUACACAAUUAGUGUAUGUUGUACGGAACUAAUGUAACACUUCAUACAUACGUUUUAUCAAUAUAAUGAAUGUAGAGUGCCGUUUUGUAUUAA